GGUGGGCGAGAGGAGCGGUUUCCCUUUGCCCUCCCCUUAGCAGCGCUCACCCGCCGGGGAUGUCUUUGGCGUGACGACACGGCCAUGGAGCUCGGCAGCGGGGCAGAGCCGGAUCCGAAGCUGGAUGUGUUUGAGCAGGAUGAAGCAGAGGAGGUUUUGUGUAGUGCUGCUGAGUCAUGUACAGGUGCUAAAACACAGAAUAAUCAGUUACAGAAGAACAUCGCUGGAGGUGAUGGUGUAUCCAGAUCCAGGAUGAUGGACCAAAGCUUGAUAACAAAGAGCGUAGAGUAUGAGAAGUGCUUGGAAGAAAUGAGGGAGCAGCUGCAGAUUUAUCAGGUGCAAAUGAGUGAAAUGAGACAGAAAUUUGAACAAGUCACCAUGGAAAACAGAAGGCUGCAUGCAGAGUUGAAAGAGGCUCUUGAGAUGCAGCUGGAUGCUCUUCCUUUCACGCCGCUGGGAACUGCUAUUCCUGCAGAUGAAGAAAUACUGAGAAACCUUCAGGAGCAACUACAACUCGCAAACCAAGAAAAAGAACAAGCAGUAGAGCUCUGGCAGACUGUAUCACAGGAGCUUGAUCAACUCCAGCAGCAGUACCAGGAACACAUGACUCAAACACAGAUUCACAUGGCUGAAACAUUGAAACAGCAAGAUCAACUGGCUAACUUUCACCAGCUAACUUCAGAACUGCAUGCAGCCAAUGAGAAAAAAGAAUUGAGCAGUCAGUUUCUGCAAACUGUGGCAGAGCAGAAUGUGGAACUAGAGCAGCUACAGAAACAACUGAGGCAAGCUAAAAUAGAUAGGUGGACAGCAAGCGCUAAGGUUGAUGAAAUGAUCAGAUUGACAAAGAUGCUUCAAGGCCAAUUGGAGAGAAAGGAAGAAGAUGUGGUAACUGCCCAGCAAAGAGAAGCAGCAUCUGACAAACUCCUGCAGCAAAUGCAGUCUAGUAUAAAACAAUUAGAAACAAGAUUACAUGUUACCAUCCAAGAUGCUGAAGAGUUGAGAACAGAAAGAACAGCCCUGGAGAAGCAAAUCAGAAUGCUUCAGACAAAGUGUGCUAAAUUGGAAAGGGAAAAGUAUGAGGCAGUUACAAAAGUCCAAGACUGCGUACAGCUGUUAGAAGAAGCUAACCUACAGAAAAGUCAGGCACUGUUUAAGAAGAAACAAAAGGAAGAGGAGAUCAGAAAGAUGAAAGAUGAGAUAUUUCAGCUCACAGAAGAUACUGCUGCAAGAAUUAGAAAGGCAGUGGACAUUGCAAAGAAACAAUACAACGUACAGAUCUCUCAAUUAACAGAAGAACUUUUAGCUCUUCAUAUGGAAUGUGGUGAAAAGCAAGAUCAAAUAGAACGAGCCAUUAGAGAAAAGCGAGCAGUGGAAGAAGAACUUGAAAAGAUUUGCAGAGAAUACGGAGGACAUGAAUCUGACAAUAGAAAACUAGAACAACUGCAUCAGAAAUAUCUACUUGCAGAGACUACAAAAUGUGACCUUCAGCUGAGUCUGCAGACAACACAGCAUAAACUGAAGCUGCUGGAAAUGAACUUUGAGGAAGAGAAAUCUAAUUACCAGAAGAACAUUUCUAACUUGCAAAGCAUUCUGGAUUCAGAAAGAGAAAAGAGUGGCUCUGUUGGUGAACAAAGGUUAAAGCUUCAGCAAGAGAAUGAACAAUUGCAAAAAGAAAUUGAAAGCUUGAAAAAACUGGCCACAGAGGCACAGCAAAAAGCCAAAAUAAAGGUAAGCACUAUGGAGCAUGAGCAUGCUGUGAAAGAACAGGGAUAUGAAGUUCGUCUUAAGGAAAUGGAAGACAUCAGUCAAAAGUCUACUGCUGAACUUAGGCAUCUGUUGGUAGCUCAGCAAAAAGCAACAAAGAGAUGGAAAGAAGAAACAAAAGUUCUUACUGAAACUACUGAAGCUAGGAUCAAUAAGUUAAAAAGUGAUCUGAAUCAACAAAAACUUCGUAAUCAGGAGCUUACUGCUCAGCUGGAAAAGGCAAACGAUAAAGUAAUAGAGGAUGAAAAAUUAAUGAUCGAAUAUCAAAAACAUAUCAAUAGGCUUCAAACGCGACUAAACCAGGCAGAAGAGAGGGCAGCUACAGCAUCACAAAAGCUCAGCACAUUAACUGCAUGGAAGAAAAAGGCUACUUCUUCUCUGAAGGAACUAGAAAAUAUUUAAGUUGGUGUAUUAACAGUAUCCGUACUGUAUUGGAGGUAACAAAGGCUGGCUGAAGAUACUGUCCAAGAAGGAUGCAAACUGAUGGAAUUCAAGUCCUUUGGUGUAGCAAAUGAAACAAUCUGAAACAGUGCUGUGGCUGUGGUGCGUUAUCAGUUUUAGUCUUAAAAAAGAAUACGUGUUAUGUCCAACUGUGACAAAAUUGUUUACAGGGAAUGGAGUCCAUCCUACUGAAAUUCUGAAACAGCUUUGUUCACAUACAGUUGAUAUUUCUUUUCAUUUUGUAGCACAGUAACUUGGGAAUAAUUUCUAGGUCUUACACGAAUUAUAGUAAGACAGUAAUAAAUGACAUCAUGAAUGUCAAAUAGUUUUUAUGAUAGGUGCUACAAGUGGGAAAUGCCUCUACAGCCUUCCAUUUUUAAGAGUUGGUUCAGUUUGCUAUGUCUCUGGAAAACAGUUGAAGUGUUGCUACAGCUAUUCUUACAGCUAGUUUUUAAGGACCCUCACCUUGCUUCAGUUCUUCCUCUCCUCCCAUUACUGUUCUACAAUUGUUCUUUGCAUUUCCACUUGGGACUUCAGUUCUCAGUUACUUCAAAUUGCACAAAGUUGGUCAUCCAGCUCUUAUGAGUGUGUUGGAAUUCUACAAAUGCCAGUAUGUGAAAAUUCUUGAUAGAGGAGAAACUUCAUAGAAAGGAAUCUAAAAUUAUAGCUGAAUUCUGUUUUUUCUAUUUCACCUUAUAUAAUAAACAUUUUGUAUGUGUAACUAA